AUGCCGCGUAAGCCUUCAACACCGCUCAAGGUGAAGAAGAACCUCCUAUUUGACGUUAAAAUCCGACAGUCAUGGAACAAAUACAACCUCUACAACCUGGCUCGACAGAUGCCCUACUCAGGGAGAUCUCAUAACUUUUUCAAGCAAAAAUGGAUGUCAAAAUCCCUAGCACGCAACUAUCACGGCGAACACAUCCGCGAGAAACAGUGGCUGCGGAUGUUUGACAGGAGGAUUCGGUCCGUGGUACCUAUGGAUGCAGAGUAUUUGGCCUCCAAUGAUGGUGCGCUGGAAUCUGCAGGGCGUGGCUCAGGCUUGGAGGCAAGAGGGAAGCAAAAGACCACAACAGCGAUACCUUACAUGCAAAUGACCUUCGCACCGAUGGAGCGGAGAUUGGACACAGCCAUCUUUAGAGCCAUGUUUGCCAGCAGCGCUCGUCAAGCCAGGCAAUUUGUCGUACAUGGAGCGGUGAAGGUCAAUGGCAAGCAGAUGCGAUACCCGGGAUAUUUGCUUAAUCCUGGAGAUAUGUUCCAGGUUGAACCGGAGCGAGUCAUGUGGGCAACAGGAGCCCCCAAAAUCCCGCUAAAGGCGACCAAGAGCGAAGAAGGUGCAGACGAAGGUAGCACGGAAGAGAUAUCGGCAGAAUCUGCCGGAGAGGAACACGCCUCGCAACAAGCGGCUGAAGAGGAUGUUGAUGUUGAUAAAGACCCGCGUGAGGUGCUGAAAGACUUACGGGCCAAAGCAAAGAGCAUCCUCGCUACAUCAAAACGAGAUAUUGGGGCGAAGCGGAAGCAGGAUCUGCGCGCGUUUUCGGUAGCUGUCAAAAAGCUGCUGUCACGAUCCUCUUCAUCGACAAUCCUCACAGACAGUCUUGAGGCCCAAUUUGCUGAAAUCCAACACCAGCUAAACAUCCGGAAAGAAAACCGUGACUCCGGUGCAAGCAGCCUACCUUCCGCUCAAGACGACAAGGAAUCGUCCUCGGGACCAGAACCAAAGACAGGAACUGCUGCCGAUGUGGCAGCGGCCGAAGUUGAGCAGGAGACCGUCCUGACUGACGCCGAUUACAAUGAACUCUACGCUGCACUUCGCUCCAUGCACGAGAACCCCGUUGAUGACUCAAAGCCCUAUGCUACGCCAUGGAUGCCACGGGAAUAUAUGAGUGCAUUUGCUUUCAUUCCCCGCUUCCUCGAAGUCAACCACAAUAUCUGCGCUGCAGUAUAUCUGAGGCACCCUGUUGCAAGACCGGGUUUGGCCGAAGUACCCAGUCCUUACCAAGCUGAUAUUCAUAGUACAGCUUUUGCGUGGUACCUGAGAAGGCGGUAA